UUUGAUAAUAUUGACACAUAUUAGUUAUACCAUUAAAACAUAUAUAUGAGUUUUGAGGGAAAUGUUCUUAUUAUUAGGUGACCUUAAUUUGUCUUCUAAAUACUAUUUCUGAAGUAAAGAAGGUUUUAGCUUCUUUUAAUCUGUGGAAAGCAGAGCAUAAAUUAUUUAAAGUGUGUCACAUUUGUUGCUGACUUUUGAUACUUUCAACCUGAGUAAAACUGCACACAUACACAAUACAACAAAGUAAUAGGACAUACUUCAAUCAGCUCAGGGGUGAGGAUUUUGGAGAUACCGUAAUCAAGAAAUGAAAUGUCUGCCAGACAUAACGGUAUAUGGAAACAUGGCAUAAUAAUAAUAAUAAUAAUAAUAAUAAUAAUAAUAAUAAUAAUAAUAAUAAUAAUUAAUUUAUACCCCGCCCAUCUGGCUGGGUUUCCCCAGCCACUCUGGGCGGCUUCCAACCGAAUAUUAAAAACAGUACAGCAUCAAACAUUAAAAACUUCUCUAAACAGGGCUGCCUUCAGUUGUCUUCUAAAAGUAAAAUUGUUGCUUAUUGCCUUGACAUCUGCUGUGAGGGCAGGGCGGGUGCCACUACCGAGAAGGCCCUUUGUCUGGUUCCCUGUAACCUCACUUCUCGCAAUAAGGGAACCACCAGAAGGCCCUCGAUGCUGGAUCUCAGUGUCUGGGCUGAAUGUUGGGGGUGGGGACACUCAUUCAGGUAUACAGGACCAAGGCCGUUUAGGGCUUUAAAGGUCAGUACCAACACUUUGAAUUGUGCUUGGAAACGUACUGGGAGCCAGUGUAGAUCUCUCAGGACCGGUGUUAUGUGGUCCCGGCAGCCACUCCCAGUCACUAGUCUAGCUGCUGCAUUCUGGAUUAAUUGCAGUUUCCGGGUCACCUUCAAAGGUAGCCCCACGUAGAGCGCAUUGCAGUAGUCCAAGCAGGAGAUAACCAGAGCAUGCACCACUCUGGCGAGACAGGCAGGUAGGGUCUCAGCCUGCGUACCAGAUGGAGCUGAUAAACAGCUGCCCUGGACACAGAAUUGACCUGCGCCUCCAUGGACAGCUGUGAGUCCAAAAUGACUCCCAGGCUGUGCACCUGGUCCUUCAGGGGCACAGUUACCCCAUUCAGGACCAGGGAGUCCUCCACACCUGCCUGCCUCCUGUCCCCCCAAAACAGUACUUCUGUCUUGUCAGGAUUCAACCUCAAUCUGUUAGCCGCCAUCCAUCCUCCAGCCGCCUCCAGGCACUCACACAGGACCUUCACCGCCUUCACUGGUUCUGAUUUAAAAGAGAGGUAGAGCUGGGUGUCUUCUGCAUACUGAUGAACACCCAGCCCAAACCCCCUGAUGAUCUCUCCCAGCGGCUUCAUAUAGAUAUUAAAAAGCAUGGGGGAGAGAACGGAACCCUGAGGCACCCCACAAGUGAGUGCCCAGGGGUCUGAACACUCAUCCCCCACCACCACUUUCUGAACACGGCCCAGGAGGAAGAGCGGAACCACAGUUGGCCUAGAGUUGGAUGUGCCUUUGUAUAAAGAGCAGAAUAUGUAUGAUUCAGAAUCAUGUAGAAAUAUAUCCCUAUAUGUCCUGCACUAUCAUUCAAUUGUUGGUCUAGGACUCUAGGCAAUGCCUAUGCUGUGUUGGUCAAAUCUAUGCUAAUAAUAUUUAUUCAUAUAAAAAUAAGCAAUAACUUUAUUAGAAAGAUAAUGCUCUGACCGCCAGACUCUGUAGAGAACAUCAGUCUGAACUGUUGUACCCAAAUGGUCAAUGGCUGCAUAAUAUUGCUAAAGAUGUGUCUGUUAUAUAAAUUGGCGUGACUUCUUUUGAAAUUGGCGAAAUUGUGCUGAGUAAAUGAAACAACUGUUUUGUGCAUUUUUAGAUGCUUUAGUUAAAUAUAUGUAUUCUUGGCUCAUAAUGUGUAAAGUGCACAUAAUGUGUAAAAUAGUCACAAUUCGCUUGUAAAGUUGAAAAAAGUGAUGAUUGAGUAUAGUGAAUCAAUGCACAAGUUCCACACAGAAUGGCAGAGGAGAGCGGAAGAAAAAUAAUUUGGCCUUGCAUUACCGUAUUAAAUGUCUUUUGAUUCUUCAUUCUCUCCCUUCAUCAUCUGCUCAAGCCCUAAAUGUUCCUCUCCCUAUCCCUGUUCAUAGCCACUCAACUUAUUUUUUUUUACUUUGUACAGUGAGGGUGGGAAGUGGUUGGCUAUUAAAGGAAAGCAUCUGGUUUUCUGCAUCACAGCUGCUGCAAGAGUAUUUGUUCAUCAGUAGCAAAUUUAAUCAACACAUUAAUUAUAAUAUAAUCCACAGAACUAUGGGCAUCACAUUCACUGUUCACCAAGUACAAGGAAAGUGUUGUGAACGAAAUCAAGAUUUUGUUUUUAAAAAUUGUGAACUGUAAGCUUUUUAAAUAAUGGAAAUAAAUUAUAAUUUCUUACCGGUAAUACAAACUCAGUACUUUAGAAAUUGUACUCUCUCCAGUUCCUAGUAUUAUUUAUUGGCCAUGUUUUUGAUCUUAAAAGAGAGCCAAGUUCUCUUCUUCCCCUCCAAGAACUAUUCGGUAUUGUACGUAAGACUGGGAACAACAUGGUACUGGAUUAAUAUUUCUUAGUACUGGGAUACUAUUUUUAUCCAAUUGUUUUGUUACUUCAUUGCAGUACGUUUAAGGUAUUGCAAACAUUACUGACUGUGAAUCAGUACCAUACGGUUCUUUUAGAUAUUCUGGAGGAAGAUGAGGAAUCCGAUAGAGAUAUAGAGCGGCAAAAUAUUGAAGAGCUUUAUGACUAUGUGAGGCAUACACACCAAAAAGAAAUUCAGUUUUUGAAGGAGAACGUACAGCACUCUGCACUGAUUCCUGUAUUGAGGCCAUACCAAACUGAGGCUGUAAACUGGAUGCUGCAACGUGAGAACUUCAAAAAUGUACCAACCAAUGCAUUAUUCGUGAACGCCCAGUUGCUGGGCCUCAGUGGCCUGGAGGAAUAUUGGCAGAUGAGAUGGGCCUUGGAAAAACAGUAGAAGUAUUGUCCCUUAUCCUGACACACACUCGAAAGGAUGUUAAACAGGAUGCUCUGAUGUUACCUGAGGGCUUUUUGGUAAACUUCUUUGUUCCGCCUCAACCUAGUGAAGGAAGCAAAAAGAAAAGCAUAAAGAAAAUGGAACUUAAAUUGAAGGAAAAAGUGCACUAUCCUAGUUUGCGAGUGAUGCUCUUAACAGCUAUAAAAGAAAUGAAUGUGAAGAAGGGAGCAUCUAUUGUAGCAAUUUUUAAGUAUGUCCAUGCCAUAUACAAGUACGACACACGCAGAAACCGUCGCAUUCUUAAAAGGACUCUGGAAAAAUUAAUUGCAGAGAAGAUAGUGGAACAGGUCAAAGGUCAUGGUCUUGCUGGUUCUUUCAAGCUGGGCAGAAACUACAAGGAAAAGAAAUUGUGUAGUAAAUUUAAAAAAGAGAAAAUAAAAACUUCAGAUAGGGUUCAGAAGAAGAAUUCACCAGAAAAUGAGAAUGAAACCAAAGAAUUGGGAGAUGAGGGCACAUGCUCUCCAAAUGGUCUUAAACUAUCUCAGGCAGUAGACAUCACAGCAGAAGAGCAUGAUUACUGUACAAGAAGCAAAGACAAUAGAAAAUCAGAACUGGAUCCUAAGGGCUGGAUAAUGGAAGAAGAUUCUCUACACAGAACUGCUGACUUGCAAGAAAAUAUGCUUGUUUCAAAAAACAAAAUGUAUUCUACUGACAUUUCUAAAAAAGAUGAUGAAGCUGAAGAGCAACAAGACAACUCAGAAGGGCAGCCUCCAGCCUCUCAAGAACACACUAGCAUUUUUGUACCACAUCCUGGUUCUAUUUUUCCAUUCAAUACCUCUGAUUAUCGUUUUGAAUGUAUAUGUGGUGAGCUUGGCUUGGUUGACUAUAAGGCACGUGUGCAAUGCCUGAACUGCCAUCUGUGGCAGCAUGCUGAGUGUGUGAACUACAAAAAAGAAAAUCUAAAGAUCAAGCCCUUUUACUGUCCCCAUUGCCUUGUAGCAAUGAAACCAGUUCCAACAGGAGCUACUCUGAUAAUCUCUCCAAGUUCUAUCUGCCACCAGUGGGUUGAUGAGAUUAACAGGCAUGUGAGAUCAUCUUCUCUUCGAGUGUUGGUUUAUCAAGGAGUGAAGAAGCAUGGUUUCUUGCAGCCUCACAUCUUGGCAGAGCAGGAAGUAGUGAUCACCACAUAUGAUGUCCUUCGUAGUGAGCUGAACUAUGUGGACAUUCCUCACAGUAAUAGUGAAGAUGGACGCCGUUUCAGGAACCAGAAGCGUUAUAUGGCUAUCCCAAGUCCCUUGGUAGCUGUGGAGUGGUGGAGAAUUUGCCUGGAUGAAGCACAGAUGGUGGAAUGCACCACUGCAAAGGCUGCAGAAAUGGCUCUCCGUUUGAGUGGAAUCAAUCGCUGGUGUGUCAGUGGCACACCAGUGCAACGAGGAUUGGAAGAUUUAUAUGGAUUAGUACUGUUCCUUGGAGCUGAUCCUUACUGGGUCAAAUAUUGGUGGGAUCAGCUUCUAUAUCGACCAUACUGCAGGAAAAACACACAGCCUCUCUACAACUUCAUAGCCAAGAUAAUGUGGAGGUCAGCAAAGAAGGACGUGAUUGACCAAAUUCAGAUCCCUGCUCAGACAGAAGAUACACACUGGCUCUAUUUUUCUCCUGUGGAGAGACACUUUUAUCAUCGCCAACAUGAGGUCUGCUGCCAGGAUGCUUUGGCAAAACUCAGGAAGAUUUCUGAUUGGUCCCUCAAACUUAGCAGCUUGGAUCGGAGGACAGUUGCUUCCAUUCUGUACCCUUUGUUGCGCUUGAGGCAGGCCUGCUGUCACCCACAAGCUGUACGUGGAGAAUUCCUGCCACUGCAGAAAAGCACAAUGACAAUGGAGGAACUUCUAACAUCACUACAGAAAAAAUGUCGAACAGAAUGUGAGGAAGUCCAUAGGCAACUGGUGUGUGCUUUGAAUGGAUUAGCUGGUAUUCAUAUUAUUAAAGGUGAAUAUGCAUUGGCAGCAGAUAUGUAUAGAGAGGUGCUGCGUUCCUCUGAAGAGCACAAAGAGAAGCUCAAAACAGAUUCAUUGCAAAGACUUCAUUCUACGCACAACCUGAUGGAGCUUCUGGCAGGAAAGCAUCCUGGGAUAUCACCCACUUUGCGCGAUAGCAGGCUUCAAGAAGAGUGUGAGCAACUCCGUCAACAUUAUAUGAGUAAAUCGAAUGCAGAAGUUUCUGAAGCCCACCAGGCUUUGCAACCAGUACUACAGACAAUCCAUGAACUCCAGAAGAAAAUGCGCUCCAAUUCACCUUGGUGGUUAGAUGUGAUCCAGUCAGCAAUACAAUAUGCUAUUGAUGAGGAGCUUGUUCAACGGGUGCAAAAUGAUCUUACUAGCAACUACAAACAACAAACUAAUAAACUCUCUAUGGUAGACAAAUUCCGUGAUUGCAGAGGCCUUCAGUACCUGCUCACAACUCAAAUGGAAGAAGUGAAGAAAUUCCAGAAACGUGUGAGAGAGGCUGUGAAAAAACUGGAGGGUCCUCCUUCCAAAGAGGUUAUCGAGGCUGCCACUAUCUGCCAUCUGCGCCCUGUGAGGUUGCCCCUAAACAACUGUGUCUUCUGUAAGGCUGAUGAAUUGUUCACAGAAUAUGAGUCAAAGCUCUUCUCCCAUACUGUAAAGGGGCAGAUGGCAAUAUUUGAAGAAAUGAUAGAAGAUGAAGACGGUCUGGUUGAUGACCGCUUACCUACCACAAGCAGAGGUCUCUGGGCAGCAAGUGAAACUGAGCGCUCUUUGAAAGCUAUACUGUCUUUUGCCAAAGCUCAUCGAAUAGAUGCCAAGGCAAUUGAAGAGGGCAGCAUCUUCUUGGAACUUUUUGAAGCAUGGAAAAAGGAAUAUAAGCUGCUUCAUGAAUAUUGGAUGGUCCUCCGAGAUCACGUGUCUGCCAUUGAUGAGCUUGCCAUGGCUACAGAACGGUUUAGAGUGCGUCAUCCGGAAGAGCCAAAACCCAACCACCCUGUUCUUCACAUAAUUGAGCCGCAUGAGGUAGAACAAAAUCGAGUGAAACUCCUUAAUGACAAAGCAGUUGCCAAAUCACAGCUUCAGAAGAAACUGGGCCAGCUUCUCUACCUUACUAAUUUGGAAAAGUCUCAGGAUAAAACAACUGGAGGAGUGAAUCCAGAGCCAUGUCCAAUUUGUGCACGGCAACUGGGAAAACAGUGGGCAGUGUUGACAUGUGGACAUUGCUUCUGCAAUGAGUGUAUCGCUAUUAUUAUAGAACAGUACAGUGUUGGCACCCGCAGAAGUUCAAUCAAGUGUGCCAUCUGCAGACAAACAACAUCACAUAAAGAAAUCUCUUAUGUCUUCACUGCAGAGGCAGCAAACCAAGAAGAUGAUAUACCUGUGAAGGGAAGUCACUCUACCAAAGUGGAAGCUGUGGUCAGGACUCUAAAGAAAAUCCAGUUCAAAGAUCCAGGGGCCAAAUCCCUAGUUUUCUCAACAUGGCAAGAUGUCCUUGAUAUCAUUGCAAAAGCGCUAUAUGAUAAUAGCAUGGAGUUUGCUCAAAUCAAUGGAAUUAACAAAUUUCAGGAAAAUCUAUCUUCAUUUAAGUAUGAUGCCAAGAUCAACAUAUUGUUAUUGCCUCUUCAUACUGGCUCGAAUGGAUUGAAUAUUAUUGAGGCAACACACGUUCUCCUAGUAGAACCUAUCUUGAAUCCAGCACAUGAGCUACAGGCCAUUGGCAGAGUGCAUCGCAUUGGGCAAACUAAGCCCACAAUUGUUCAUAGAUUCUUAAUCAAAGCAACAAUUGAAGAAAGAAUGCAGACAAUGCUGAAAACUGUAGAAAGGAGCCACUCUAGUUCUUCCAUGAAGCAGUCGGAGGCCUCUGUGUUAACAGUAGCUGAUCUCGCAGACCUUUUCUCAGCAGAAACUGAAGAACUUGAAUGAAGCAAUGGAUUUCAUGCUCUUUUGAGACCAAAAGAGGGCCAUAACCUACUUGUUUUCUAACCAACACGUACAAAUAGCUAACUGUUCAGAGGUUCCUGUAGAUGUCACCAAACACCCACCCUUAUUAGGGUUCUAUGAACUGAUUAGUCUUUUUAGCAGUUUCCACUAAGUUCUGUGGUUGUGGAUUUCUUCAGCACAUUUCUGUUAAGAAGAAGACUUGCACUUUACACAAGCACUACAUAGCUUUGCACUUCCAAAGAACAUGAAUAUCCCAGUCCAGCUUUAUUUGUAUGAUUUUUUAAAAAAUGUAUGACUAGUUGUGCCAGAAAACGAAUGGGGAUUCACAUGCCAUUGAAAGCAAGGAGUAUGGGUAGAUAUCCCUGACAUUCCUAAACCGACAAAAGACUUGUUUGCUCAAGGUGUUUGACUAGACAUUGAGGAAAGAAAGCUUUGCAUGGCAGGAAAGAGUGUGAAAAUCAUGAAGCAAUUCUUUUGCCUUCAUUUUAUUCCUAUAAUUAAUUACUAAAAUAAGUUAGUGAGUAAGCAAAUCAUUUUUAAGAAAGGGCUUCUAGCGGUGCUGACAUAUUAUCAUGCAGGUUUUACCAGUUAAUCCUAGCUACAAAUUUUUAGACACCACUUUGGCAUUUUAAAUCAUUUUCUUGUUAUUUAUGCUGUGAUAUUAUGUUGUAGAAAUCUGAAAAUAUUUUGCUUGUUUAUAUUUAAACGUUUGCUGUUAAUGUCUGCACUUCUCUUGAUAAAUUAUGUCUUUUGUAUGAUCUUUUGUCUUGAAAUAAUAGCUGAAAACAUCUGUUUGACAGAUUUUUAAACGUUCUUACAUUCUUGUUUAAAAUUUGGAUUCUUGUAUCCUAUUAAACAGGUAAAGCUUCCUCUUGUGUAGCUCACUUGAUAUCUAUUAAUCAAUUUAGCAGCUUAAAAGAAUUAACAUCAGAGGGCAAAUGUUAAUGCUAACAGAUGUGUAUUCAACACUGAAAAAUUAAAUUGUUCAAACACUGAGAUUCAAUAAGAGCUUCUUGGAGAAGACAAAUACUUGUAUGGAAUACUCCUGUUAAGAGGGACUUUUUCAUAGUACUGUAUGUCUUCACAUGGGAAUGCAUAUUAGAAGUAACAUCCUCCUGGCUUGUCUGGGCCGUCACUUUCAAGUACACCUCUCAAAUGGGUAUUUUGCAUACUCAAUUUCCUGCAGCAUCUGAGCUGUCAUCAAUCACAACUGUCUUUUGGAGUGUGUGUAGGGUGUUUGUGUGUCCUUAAUCUUUACUUAUCGUUUGCUAUCUUGGAGGCCUCUUAUUAAGCAGAAAGAUGGUUGAAGUGGAUCCCACAUGUGGAUGGAAUAAUAUUUUUAGACAGGGCUCAAUUCCAACUUCAUUUCCCUGCAAUUAGUGCUUAACUUCAGUCCUGGGGACCAAAUACAGCUCUCCAAGUCUCAUUGUGUGGCUCUUUAAGGUCUCUCCACACACACAAUUUCAUUCUGGCCACACCCCUUGAGUGUUUUUACCUAGCUGGUAUGCAUAUCUUUGAGUUGCAGUAGUGCCUUUUGCUUGCCUUGGAAGGAGGAUAGAAAGAGGUAUGGGAGUGUGUGUACUGCACAAAGUUAAAAUUUGCAUGCAUUGCUCCACCUACUUUUGCAUUUGGCCCCAUCAUCACUCUCAUGUCCUUCCCCCACCCCAAAGUGAUUGUGGUCCUUGAACUAAAAAAGGUUCUCCACCCCUGACCUAACCAAACCAACAUAUUGGAGGCUAGAGACUUGCAUACCAUCGCAGAAUACUGUGGUAGCAUAUGAACCUACCCUGAAAAUUCUUAACAUUGGUUCCACGGAACUGGGGUUUGUUAGGAAAGUGGAGAUGAAUCAUCGUUUAGCCAUGCCCUUUCUCUAGAAACAGUGUUAGCAGGGAUUAUUGGGAAUGCCCAAAGAUCAAGAGCAGGGUCCCAGAACAGACAUAAUUGAGGUGUGUGCUGUGUUUAUCAGCCAUAUGAGUUUGUUUGUUUUUGUAUGGAGCUGUUAGGCUUAGGAAUCUUGGUUACUCUUAUGUUAACCACCCCUGUAGAAUAGAUUCUGGUGAUUGAUCUAC